CAUAUACUUGUGCUCGUGCUGCAACAAAAAUCGUCGGCUACACCCUCCAAUCCUCUCUCUGUCUCAACUGUUUUUCUCGAUCACUGUGCCCGCCGGAAACUGACAUUGUCAGCGGAGCAAGCGGUGUCGCCGACUAUGCGCACGCAAAUGCACCUCCUUCUCCCCCGCCGUGGUUUUGGCCUCAUUGGGGCUAUUUUCUUUGCCAUGGCCGUCCUUCAGUGGUUCACGGCGGUGGCUCAGCUCCAACACCGUGUGCUGGAUCUACAUUGGCUUCCUGCCACCGCCACGUGGUAUGGAAGCCCCGAGGGCGACGGUAGCGAUGGUGGAGCAUGUGGGUAUGGAAAUUUAGUGGAUGUGAGGCCUCUAAAGGCCAGAGUUGGGGCUGUGAGUCCAAUUCUGUUCAAAAACGGUGAAGGGUGUGGAGCAUGUUACAAGGUGAAAUGUCUAGACCAGAGGAUUUGCUCUAGACGAGCCGUUACUGUAAUCAUCACCGACGAAUGCCCCGGUGGGUAUUGUUCUAAUGGAAAUACCCACUUCGAUCUCAGCGGCGCCGCCUUUGGCCGUAUGGCCAUCGCCGGUGAAGGUGGGCAGCUCAGAAACAGAGGAGAAAUCCCAAUAAUUUACCGACGAACUCCCUGUAAGUAUCGAGGCAAGAACAUUGCCUUCCAUGUCAAUGAAGGCUCCACAGAUUACUGGCUCUCUGUCUUGGUUGAAUUCGAGGAUGGGGAUGGAGACAUCGGUGCAAUGCAAAUAAAAGAAGGGAACUCGAGGGAGUGGCUGGAAAUGAAGCAUUUGUGGGGUGCAAAUUGGUGCAUAAUUGGAGGGCCUUUAAAGGGUCCAUUUUCAGUGAGAUUAACGACAUUAUCUACAGGAAGAACAGUGGCAGCUAGGGAUAUAAUUCCGAGGAAUUGGUCUCCAAAAGCCACUUACACUUCCCGCCUUAAUUUCUUCUCUUGAUAAAGAAGGAUAAGAGGAGGAGGAGGAGAAGGAAGCAAAAGAAGCACUCUUUUGUUCUUUUUAUGCACAAAAGCAUUUGCUUCCUUUUUGUUUUAUGCCGAAAGGAAGCUCCCUCUCUCCUAAUAAUCUCUUAGUUCAUACCCCAUGGCUGGGAAAAGUAGCCGUUAUCCGUUUUCUUUAGUGCAAAAGUGACCGUUGUGAGUGCGAAAUGGCAUCCAAUGUGUGUGUGUUCUUGUUUUUUGUUAUUGUGUGGUUGGGUAUUGAGUAUGAUAGCCCUCUCCAAAGAGGAGAGAGAGCGUGGUGUAAUUUGUUUGCUAUAUUAUCAAGCUUGUUUGUUUAAUGAACUUGAACUCAGACUUA